GUCAAGCAACGAAAAAUAAUGAAUUUCAAUAUGGCGUCCUGUUACGGAAUGGUGUAACAAUCGCGGUUUUGAAAAUAACUUCAUAAUUAUCUUAUUUUUAGGUGAUUGCAUUGUCUUACUAUAUAAUGUAAGUCAAUGUGUCUCUCAAAAUUAUAUUGGUAUGCUGAAGAUGCCAUUUAACUCCGUAUCAGAAACUAAAAAAAGAAAUGAAAAGGUAAAGCUCUCCUUUUCUUUGAAGAAAAACAAUGCACCACAUCUUGGAAACGAAAAUACAAUUUUGAAAGUGAAAGAUAAUUCAGAAAAUACUUUCAGUUCACGGCAGGAAUUCUGUAGUGAUAAAGAAAAUAGGCCCGCGAAACGCCCUUUUUCGAGUACUUAUAUGAAUACACUAAACAAUUCUAAAAAAUUAAAAGCGGUAACUGGAACUUCAAAUUCUACAAAAUCAUCAAAUUUAGAACUCGUGAUAGUGGACACGCCAGCUGAAAGGUCAAGCCUUGCAAUGUUGAAUGGCCACCAUCAAUCAGAGAACUCUUACAAUGGCACGGCAACUACUAAGAAAACACCCGUUGCUACAUUGUCAAACUUGGGCAACACAUGUUUCCUCAACAGUGUUUUGUAUACAUUAAGGUAUGCACCAAGUUUCCUCCACAAUUUGCAUCAUCUAGUGUCGGACUUGGCGAGUGUGGAACAGAAACUUGGCAGUAUUAGGUUAAAGAGUUCCUCGCUCGGCCGCAGUGCAGCCGGCUUAGCUGCUUCCGGCACCAGGUCAUGGAGCAGCAAGGAUUUGCUCUCGCUAGGACAAAGUGAGAAUAGCAAUGGAAAGAGUAAAAUACAGAUAGCGACAGAGCGGCUGCACGAGACGUUCAGCAGCCUGCGCGCGGCGGAGGCUCGUUCGCUGGCGAGCGGCGCGGCCGAGCCCGAGCCCUACGCGGCCGACGCCUUCCUGUGCGCACUCAGGGACGUCAACUCUACUUUUGAAGGCAACAAGCAACAAGAUGCGCACGAGCUGUUGAUCUGCAUCCUGAACAACAUCCGCGAGACGAGCCGGGCGCUUACUACGCGCGCCUCCAAGCUGCAAGUUCACGAGAACGGAGACAGCAACGGCAUAACCCGUCAGCCGUCGCUCGAGGGCGGCAAAGGCGGUGCGGCUCGCAAGUCGUGGAAGCGCCGCAAGGAGCCCGCCGAGCCGCGACCAGACCCACCGCCCAGCGGGGACUUUGUCGCUGACGACUUUGAAGGCACGAUGGUGGUGCGCACGACGUGCCUCGAGUGCGAGACGGCGCGUGCGCAUGCGCAGGCGGUGUGCGACGUGGGCGUGCCCGUGGCGGAGAGCGGCGACGAGCCCGACCCCUUCGCCGCCGCCGCACAGAGCCACGAGUACCUGCGCGACCAGAACAAGUACUGGUGCUCAGUGUGCCUGCGCUACGUGGAGGCGCGCCGCUGCGUGUCCUACUCGCGUCUGCCUCGCAUCCUCGUGCUGCAGCUGAAGCGGUUCAGCGGCGGCAUGACCAAGAUCACCCGCCACGCGCCCACGCCUCUACGCCUGCCGUGCUUCUGCGAGCCUUGUACUGCGGCGGAUAAGGCGCCUCAGCAUAGGUACAAGCUGUUCGCGGUGAUCAUGCACCUCGGGCAGAGCCUGUCCGGCGGUCACUACGUGGCGUACGCGCGGGACUCGGCCGACGACACCCGCUGCGAGCGCGAGGCGCCCGACCCCGCCGCCGCCGCCACCGGCUCCUCCUUCAUGAGAACCCUCUUCAACAGACCCAAGCCACCGCAGACCGGCUGCGCGGCCAAGGACUGCUGCGUCCCCAGACCCAAGGAACCCUGCUGGCUGUCUUGCGACGACGAACUCGUCAAACCUAUCACGGACGAAGAGUUUGAGGAUCUAUUGUCGGCGGAACCCAAGACGAGGUCCGCUGCCACCCCGUAUUUACUGUUCUACGUCAAAACUGAUGUCGGUUAGACGUUAGUUUGUAUUGGUAUGUUACCAUGUUUGAGUCUUUAUCUUACUUGGUAGAGGUUUUUCUCGGUACGGUGUGUUUACGGUGAAUUGAGCACAAUAUUAUUAUAAAUGGGGGGGCUGUACUGAAAGUAUUCUUUCUUCGUUUUUCAUAGGAAAUGUAGACACCGAAUUUGAUGUGUCAGAAGUGAUAUUAUGAAUGUAGUUAAAAGAAAUAUAAGAUGUAACAAAUGAUUGUAUGGAUCAAAAUAUAUUGUAAAAAUAUAAUUAAGCUAGCAUUAUAGAGUUUCACGCUAUUUUCACUUGUUAUAAAUGACAAUAUGUGCUCUAAAUUAUUACAAUUCAAAAGUACCUUCCAUUGUAUAACGAAUGUAUAUUGUAAUGAUUGAUAUCAAAUUAUUUAUCUUCUGAAGAAUAGCUAUGUGAUGCGGGAGAUGAAACUGACAGACAUUGGCCUAAACUUAUAGCUUCAGUGUUCAGAUUGACUUAGUUUUAGUUAAUUACUCAAUAUUCAGUAUUUGUUCAAAACUAUAUCAUCUCGUAUUCGUAAAAAGUUCAUAAUUAUAAUAAAAGUUGUUACAAAAAUGUUAACAUGAUUAUCAAAUUUAUAGUAUAUUAAAUUAAAUUACUGACUGGUUGUCUUAGCACUUCUCGUAUACAUAAGCUAUUGAUUGCAAAAUAUACUAUAGUUCUCGCUACGGUUGUAGAAAUUAAAAGUGAAAGCUGUUUUUGAAAGAGCCAACUAUUUACUCUAAACAUUUUGAACUCCUCUUACCGAUCUAAUAUUUUACUAGAAAUAUUUUACCUAUAUUGUUGUAGACCAAAUAUUUUUAUAUGCCCAAUAUAAUGUUAAUACAUUUCUACUAUCGCAGCGUUAACUAUAUACUCGCGAAAACAUAUAAUGUACUACAACGACACAGUUGCUUGCUAAAUCGACUGCUUUCUAAUGACUAUUAAAUGUAUGCCUGUAUUGUUUAUUGAUAUAAUGAUUUUACUAUGUAUUUUAUUUUGCCAGCAGCUGUAUGUGACAGGGGAUAUUUCAUCAUCCUUCAAAAACGUGUUCACUAGAGACUUUCGGACUAUACCACAAAACUUACAAUAAAUGUAUUGAGUUAUAUCUCGUUUCUUACAAGUUUUUAGAUAAAUUUACCAAAAAUGGUGGUGGUGAAGUGUUCUAAACUUCGUUAGAAUUGUAUUUGUUGCCGUUGUCAUUCCACGCCUUUGAAAAAGGUGCAAAUUCUUGUCAGUAGCUAAGUUAUAUGAUUUUUAUUUGGUAUGUCCAUAAUGUUGUGAUUUCUUUUGUAAAUUUAAAGUUUUAAAAAUAAAACUAAGUUCAAUAAUUG